AUGCACACGGUGCUACGACCACACCUCUCACGAGCGUUGCGUCCCAAUCGUCUUCCUCGACCCCUCUACUUCCCCCGCAACCGCCAAUGUCCCUUCCAUUACUCGCACCGCCUAGACGUCGUCAAACCCUUCCUUCUAGCAGAUAUUGGAGAAGGAAUCACAGAAUGCCAAUUGAUACAAUGGUUCGUGCAGCCUGGCGCGAGGGUAGAACAAUUCGACAAGCUAUGCGAAGUACAGUCGGACAAAGCUAGUGUCGAGAUCACAAGUCCGUUUGAUGGGGUGAUUAAGAAGUUACAUUAUGAGCCGGAUGACAUGGCCAUUACUGGGAAACCCCUUGUGGAUAUUGAUAUUCAGGGAGAGGUUAGUGAGGCUGACGCUGAGAAGCUUGGAGGUGGUGGAGAGGAGGCAGAGGCAACUGAGGAACAGAGGGAGGAGGUCGAAGAUGAGGGCUUGGGAAACAAGCAUACACCGGAGCCCACAGAAAAGCCGACAGGCGGACGAGAUUCAAACUCCAGACCACCACCGUCAAGGGAGAGUAGAGGUGACAUGAGCACACUUGCUACUCCUGCCGUCAGGAGGCUGGUGAAAGAGCAUGAUCUGGACAUUACAGACGUGCAAGGCACUGGCAAGGAUGGAAGAGUGCUCAAGGAGGAUGUGUAUCGCCAUGUGUCGCAGGAUGGACAACAACAGCAAUCACAAGUACCGGCUGCCCGACCGAUCGCGUCAAGAGAAGAUCGCAAAGUUCAACUCACCAGUGUCCAGAAUCAGAUGUUCAAGACCAUGACGCGUUCGCUGAACAUUCCUCACUUCCUAUACAGCUGUUCUGCGGACAUGACAGCGCUGACGACACUACGGAAAAGGCUCAAUGCCGCCGCAUCUCCCGAACAGAAGCUCACGCACCUCGCCUUCAUCAUGAAGGCCAUUAGCUUGGCUUUUCUACGCCAUCCUCUUCUGAAUGCGUCGCUAGAUACCAAGGAUCCGAAGAAACCACAACUUACGUAUCGCGGGAGCCACAACUUUGGAAUAGCAGUCGACGCUCCAGCCGGACUUGUUGUGCCAAUUGUCAAGAAUGUGCAAGAUUUGAGCAUUGCUGAGAUUGCAGCCAAGAUGCGACAACUCUCCGAAGCAGCGCGCAACAAUAAAUUGUCUCCUGGAGACUUCAGCGGCGCGACAUUCACCGUGUCCAACAUUGGAUCUGUCGGUGGAGGUGUGGUGGCUCCCGUCAUUUCAGAGCCACAAGUGGCCAUUGUCGGCGUGGGCAGGAGCAAGAUUGUACCAGCCUUCGACGACAACGAUCAGCUGGUCAAGCGCGAAGAGCUGAUCUUUAGCUGGAGCGCGGACCACCGAGUUGUAGACGGCGCGGAAUGUGCGAGAUGCGCGGAGAGGGUGAAAUCGCUGCUGGAAGACCCGGCGUCGAUGCUGGUUGGGCUGCGGUAG